AUAGUAUAUACGCUAUGGCCACUUACUAAGCAGCCUAGUUGAUCAGUGGAAUAUUCCCUAACUUCCCAACUUCCAAGCUUUCUCGACCUCAGUUACUUCACGCUUGGCUCACCUUGCAUCUCGAGGAUUCCUGAUAGUUGCUGCAACCUGACAGCACUGUUACAGUGAGCAGAGUAUACCCCCUGCUGACGCAAGCAACAGGCGUUGACCAUCAAAGUACCUGUUUCUUCUUCUGGACAAGCUUUAAGAUUUGAAACAAAACUAUAAGGGCUUAGGCAGGAAACUGGAGUGUUUGCCACAUGGGUUGCAUGACAUCCUGCAUGUCGCCCAAGGUGGCGGAGUUGGACAAGUCGCUGAAGACAGGAGACGAGCGCGCGGCGCUCUUAAAGCUCGCAGCUUGCCCGAAGCUAUUGAGCUCGACGGCCGUACUGUCGUCAGCGGGAGUAACCCCAUUACACGUCGCAUGUCAGUCCAAACAAGUCAAGCUCGUACAACACAUCGUCGCCUUCCUGCACUGCUCAGAGCUUGAUGUUGUACGGCAGGCCCUGCUGCCGUACUGCCGCCGUGCGGCCGUACCGCUGCCUGGCUGCGUGACCGAGGGCGUACGAAUGGCAGUUGACCUGCCCAAUGCCAAAGGCCAGACCCCGCUCAUGUACGCCUGCUUCGCGGACUGUCCCGAGCUCGUCAAGAUGCUGUUGGAAGAGGGUGCUGACCCAUGGGUCGGCGACCGCUGCGGCGGCCGCACCCCCCUGCACUACGCAGCCAUGUCUGGCAGCGGCGGCUGCAUCGACACGCUGCUUCGACACCUGCCGCCCGCCAGUCUCAGCAGACAGGGAACCAGGUACGUCAACGCCCCCUCCCGCUGCGGCCUCACGCCGCUGCACUACGCCGUGUACUUCGGUCGGCUGGGUGCGAUGCGGGCUCUUCUAGAACAGGACGCGGCGCUCAACACCCCCUCAGGCGCAGAGAGCUACGAUGUGGGUGUGCGGGCGGGGCGCACGUGCGAGGCGGGGUCAGCCCCGCUGCACUUCGCGGCGGUGAGGGGCGACGUGGCCGCUGCGAGAGAGCUGCUGAGGGGAUAUUCCCAGCGGCUGUCCUGGGGCC